CCACCCAAUACUCAAUUUUCUCUGAAGUUUCCAAUUAUAAACACUGCGGCCUUGGGCAGACGCGUCGCUCAACCAGUCAUCGUCAAAUCACUGGCAUAUCGUCAGUGGCGCGCGACUGAUCUGGAUUGGCAUCCCAAGCUUUUAUCAGCGCCGACUUUUCCACCUCAAUCUCUGAGAAACAGACAGUCUCUUCUCAUAAUCUCCCAUUGAGCAGAGGAAUCUGCCCAAGAUGUCUUACCGCAUCGAAAUCUCCGAAAACAACCGCGCAGGCUGUAAAGACAAGGUCUGCAAGGAUGCCGGCACCAAGAUCAUGAAGGGCGAACUGCGCCUGGGAACGUGGGUUGUGAUUAAGGACCAUGGUAGCUGGCAGUGGCGCCAUUGGGGUUGCGUCUCGGGAGAGCAGAUCAAGAAUAUCCAGGAGAAGAUCGGCAAAGAUGACAAUGACGAGUAUAACUGGGACAUGAUUGACGGAUGGGAGGAGCUUGAGGACCAUGAGGAUGUGCGUGAGAAGAUACGCCAAGUGCUGAAUCAGGGCCAUAUCGACCCCGAGGAUUUCAGAGGAGACCCUGAGAUGAACGUCCCCGGCCAGAGGGGUAUCCACGCUCCGAAAAAGAAGACCAAGGGCGGUCAAGAGGAAGAGGAAGCGGGCGGUGAGGAUACCAAAGCAAAGUCCAAGAAAGCCCCUGCCAAGCGUGGUCGCAAGAAGGCUGAGGCUGAGGAAGAGGAGGGCGAGGAGGAACGUCCGGCAAAGAAACCCAAAAAGGCUGCAGCUGCCAAGAAGAAGGCUGAACCUGAGCCGGAGCCUGAAUCCGAGCCGGAGCCAGAGAAGCCCAAGAAGGCAGCGAGGGGCAAACGUGGCGCCAAAGCGGCUGCCGCUGUUGUGGAGAAUGAGGACCAGGACGAACUGGCGCCGGAGACUCCGGUCAAGAAAACCACAUCUGCUAAGAGCAGGCGUGUAAAGAAGGAGCAGGAGCCCGAGCCCCAGCCCGGGACCGAACCCGAGGCGGAGGAAGAGGAGGCACCGCCCACACCGAAUAUGAAGAAGGCUCGUAAAGCGAAGGCUGCAAACGGAACGGCAACUGCCCCAAAGAAGCGCGGCAAGAAGUCGGAGGCUUAACGGACAUGUAUCUGCUGGAGCGUCAACGUGCUUGGAGGCCGGCAUGUCGUACAAUGAGCCCUGGUUCACUCCGCACGAGAGGAAUGCGGUCGCUGUACUUCUUGCUCCUCUGCCCCCGUCCUGGCCUGUGUCUCUUUCGACCGUCUCCUUCAAUUUUUCAUGGUUUUUGUCCUUGUUUUUUGUGCCCGACCCCGCUGUAAUAUUUGCUCAAAAGAUCUGGGGGACGGGACGGUCACAGAAGCCAACAGAGGCAGUGUAUAGUAGCAAGUUCAAUCAGGGAGACGGGCAAUCCAUCUGAA